AUGCCCUACCAUGUCAGAUAGGGCCGUGGACACUAGCUCUGAAAUCACCACCAAGGACUUAAAGGAGAAGAAGGAAGUUGUGGAGGAGGCAGAGAAUGGAAGAGACGCCCCUGGUAAUGGGAAUGCUAAUGAGGAAAGUGGAGAGCAGGAGGCUGACAAUGAGGUAGAUGAAGAAGAGGAAGAGGGUGGUGAGGAAGAGGAGGAGGAGGAAGGUGAUGGUGAGGAAGAGAAUGGAGAUGAAGAUGAGGAGGCUGCGGCAGCUACAGGCAAACGGGCAGCUGAAGAUGACGAGGAUGAUGAUGUUGAUACCAAGAAGCAGAAGACUGAUGAGGAUGACUAGACAGCAAAAAAGGAAAA